UUCCCCUUUUACACAACAUAAUCCUAAUACUCCCUGGUGCAUUUUACUGGUGGUUAUUUUGCAUAUGUUUGCAUAUGCUGAAUGAAUUCAUUAACGUGGCUUGGCAUGUGACCGGGACUUUGCAGACCUACUGUAAGGAGGAGGAGUAGCCAUCUGACACAUUUGUGGGUAGACGAUGCCAACUGACUGACAUAAGUCAACUUCCCAAGAGAAGCCCUAGCCUACAGUACAUGAAGUUCUCCUAUAGGCUACAAAAAGACUAAAUUGAAAGCUGCUGAUUUUUGUUGGAAAUAUUCUCAAGUUUGACGCUGGCUGCAUUCUGAUGAUCUGGUGUUGUCCUAGAACUGAUUACAAGAUUAAUACUCCAGAUGCUCUCAAGUCCUCUUAUAUCUGUCAGGGAGGAGAACAAGAUGUUUGUUUUACUCACUCUACUGACACUCAGCUGGGGUUGGUGUGUGUCCCCUCACCCAAGACCAAAGUGUGAUCGAUGCAAUGAAAACUUUGUUUGUGACUGCUCUUCUUUAAAUCUACAGGAAGUCCCUGCUAUCUCCACAACAUCAGUCAUAAGCCUGGACCUCUCCUUUAAUGAAAUCAAGACUAUAGGUCAGGAUGACUUCUUUGUGUACAGUAAUCUACAUGUACUGAUUCUGAGGGGAAAUAUGAUAUCCUCAAUUGCAGAACAAGGUUUCUCAACUCUCAGAAAGUUGGAGGUUUUGGACUUGUCAGAUAAUCAAUUAAAUGGUUUGUCUGAGAUGUGGUUUAAGAGUCUCUCCUCCCUUCAUCAUCUAAAUCUUUUGGGAAAUGAGUAUAAAACAUUUGGGGGAAAGACUCUGUUUCGCUCAAUGACACAGCUUAGUACUCUAAUGGUUGGGAAUCAAUUUCUUGCCUCAGUUUCCAAAGAUAGCUUUAUCGGACCCAACCAUCUUCAGAGCUUUGUGUUUCAUGGCAGCAAUUUGCAGAACUACCAACCAGGUAGCUUCAGCCAAAUCAACUCCAUUGAUGAAGUCACUGUUAGCAUCAACGGUCCAUUUCAGAUAAACACAAGUCUUACAACAGACAUCUUGAGAGACCUUUCACGUCCUGAGACCAAAAUCAUCUUGUCAGAUUUGAGAAUCAGCUGGCAACAACUGAAGCCUUUUCAAGUGAUCUUUCAGAAUGGUGUCAAAAAAAUCCUCUUGAGAAAUCUAAGCUGCAGUCUUGAUACCAUAAUUCCCCUGUAUGGAAUGACCCAGCACUCACUGCUGACCUCUAUUGGACUGGAGGAUUGUGAGUUCUCUGGAGAGCCAAAUAAUAUUACAGUUCACUUCCCUGUACUUGACUUUGUUGAUGAGUUUUACUUCAGAAAUAUACAACUGGAUCAGUUCUAUAACUUCCCUGCAUUCCACAGCAUAGACCCACUAAUACAAGUCCUCAUGCGCCUGAAAAGAGUGAGUAUAAUUGAAAGCAAUGUCUUUGCAAUGCCUCAUAUAACAACAUUCUUACUGAAAAAUCUUGAAUACAUGGAUAUGAGCAGAAAUCAAUUCACUGAUUUAACCUUGCGAGAAGCUCUCUGUGAUGGACAGAUAUAUCCGUGCUUACUCUCUAUUAAGGUUUUCAAUAUUAGCAGCAAUUAUAUUCGUUCCUUCGACACCCUGAGCCACCUCUUCAGAGGAAUGAAGAAGCUGGCUGCUCUUGAUGUGAGCCUGAAUGUUUUCCGCACUAUGCCCCUGAUCUGUGUCUGGCCCCAGUCUCUCCGCUACCUGAAUCUCUCCUCAUGUCAGUUAAGAGGAGUGACCUCAUGUCUCCCGCAGACUCUAGAUAUCCUGGAUUUGAGCUAUAAUGACCUGAUGGUAUUUCAUCAAAACAUGCCAAACUUGACUGAGCUCCAUCUAUCUGGAAACAGAUUCAAGACCUUACCAGAGGGGAAACUCUUUGACCGCUUGGUGGUGCUCUACAUCAAGAGCAACCCUUUCAUAUUCUUCAGUCAAAACCAGAUGAGGAACUUUGGUGGGCUCAGGAUCUUGGAGGCUGGUACAGACACGUAUGUGUGCUCUUGUGAAUUUGUGAACUUCUUCAACCAUGAACUCGGUCAUUUAGUUAGUUUAAAGGACGGUAGGCAGGCAUACAUCUGCAGUUCACCAUUUGCACUGAGAGGGACAAAAGUUAGCGAUGCCCAACUCUCUGUUUUCAAGUGCCAUGCAGCGUUGGCCUUCUCUGCCCUGUGUGUGUUUGUGCUUGUGGUCGUCAUUGGUGCCAUGGUGAUGUGUCACAAGCUUCACAUGAUUUGGUACGUCCGAAUGACAUGGGCAUGGCUGCAGGCCAAACGGAGGCCUGUGGCCCGCAAGGAUCAGGUGUGCUAUGACGCCUUUGUGUCCUACAGUGAGAGCGAUGCGGAAUGGGUGGAGGAGCUGCUGGUGCCGGAGCUGGAGGGCGCCCAGCCGCCAUUCCGCCUCUGCCUGCACAAACGUGACUUCCUGCCAGGGGGCUGGAUUGCGGACAGUAUCAUGGCGGCCAUGGAGAAGAGCCACAAGAUUCUUUUUAUAGUGACCCAGCACUUUGUCCAGAGCGACUGGUGCCGUUUAGAGUUGGAGUACUCACACUUCCGACUGUUUGAUGCAGGCAUACUCAUCCUCCUUGAGCCUAUCCCCGACUCAACAAUUCCCAAAAGGUUCUGCAAGCUGCGCAAGGUCAUGAACUCAAGGACCUAUCUGGAAUGGCCGGAGGAAGACAAUGAAAGACCCAGAUUCUGGCAGUCUCUUAAAGACACUUUACAUAUGGCUGAAUAAUGUCUGGUACUAUCAGUAUAAAGGGACAAAGUUUGCUAAGUAUCCAUUGUGCUUUAUCUCAUAGUGAAGCAUUGACUAACAUCGGUAACACUUUAUUUGAAGGGGUCUACACAAGGGUGACAUGUAACCGUCAUAAGAAUGUCAUGACACAUGUCAUGCACACUAAUGACAUAGUAUUGAUGUUUAUGACUGUUGUCAUUAAGUGUCAUUCGGUUUUUGGAAUGUCAAGUUGACAUUGUUUGGGUGUCAUCAUUAUAACAACUUGACAUUAGGCAAGAUGACAUUAUUUGAGGGUGUCUCUGUCAUGACAACUUGACAUUAGCCAAGAAAAUGUAAACCGUUGUCAUGACAACUUGACAUUAGCCAAGAAAGAAAUGCAAAAUUGACAUAUAACUGUGUUUGGCCUGACUCAUCUUCUAGGUUCGUGAAGUGGUGGGCCGGAAUAAUUGAUUGACAUGACACCAUUAUAAUUGUGUCAUGA